AUGUAUGAUUUGUGGAAUGAAGCAUGGGAUUAUUUGAUUCAAGAGGUGCAGAGGGAGGCCGACGAGGAGGAUGAGGCGGCGGCGGUGGCGGCGGUGGCGGCGAUCCCUCGUGAGAUUCGUCAUCGUCGGACAAUCCCACGAGACCAUGUCGGAGCGGCUGAGCGGUUUAUGGCCGACUACUUUAGCGCUGACCCUCGUUACCCGGCUGAGAUUUUUCGUCGGCGUUUCAGAAUGUCGCGACCGCUCUUUACCCAUAUAGCGACGACAUUGGCGGACCGGCAACUUGCCUAUGCCGGACCGGCUGAUAUGUUCGACGAAUACCUACAGAUGGGUGAGACGACUAGUCUAAAUGUGCUCCGGCAGUUUUGUAAGGGCAUUCGGGAAGUCUUUGGUCCGGAGUUCCUACGAAAGCCAACCCCUGAUGAGUGCCAGAGACUGCUAGAUAUGCACGGUGCGGUGCACAGUUUCCCCGGGAUGAUGGGCAGUAUUGAUUGCAUGCAUUGGGAGUGGAAAAACUGCCCGGUGGCGUGGAAAGACCAGUUCACUACCGGUUUGAACAACGACAUCAACGUUCUGCAAUCGUUGCCUAUCUUCAAUGAUGAGUGCUUGGGGAGAGGGUCCAGAGAUCAGUUUUGUAGCAAAUGGCAAGAAGGUUUUGCCAACUCUCUAGAUUUUGGCACAUAUAAAAUGAAUGCUGUUACUCCUGCUCAUGAGCAAAAUGAGGAUGACUUUCUGGAGUCUUUGCUUGCCUCAUUUCAAGAGGAUCACAUACUCAAAGGAUCGAUAUCAACCUUGUAG